AUGGCAGCCAUAGAUGGAGCCACUGGUUGGACCUCCUUCGCCGAACUAGUGGCUGCCGUCCCCCAGCCCAUUCCAGAGAUGAUGCUGCUGCCCCGCCUUCUAAAAGUCCUUGAUGGGGAGGUUUACUUCCAGUUCUUGCGUGAAGAGAUUAUCAAGUCUGCCGAGUCCUUCCGCUUCUCGGUGGUCCUCAAGUUCUUGAAGCAACGGCCCUCAUUGGAUGUUGUCCGCUGUUUCAUACACAAUCAUUGGGGUCUCUCAACCACCCCGGUUGUCUCUUCCAUGCGCAGACUGCGUAACGUAUUUGUAUGCAUGGCUAAUGAAGUUGACUUCACGAAAGCACUGUCGAGGGACGUUUGCGAGAUCAACGGAAGCUUUUAUCGCGUGUUUCGUUGGACACCAGAAUUCAUAGAGGAUGAUGAGCCCUCUCGUGUUCCGGUAUGGCUUUCCCUCCUGGGCCUUCCCCCAAACUUUUAUAGUGAAGCGUUUCUGACCAUUCUCAUGGCCCCUAUUGGGACCUUUAUUCGGCGGGAUAAUCCGACUCGGUGUGCCACGAGAACGGAUGGUGCAAGACUGUGUGUGGAGGUUGACGAGGCUAAAGAGCCUUUAUCGCACUUCUGGAUUGGUGCUCCAGGUCUGCCUUUGAGUAGGAAACAGCAAGUGGUCUAUGAGACGCCCCCUGCCUACUGCUGUAAGUGCCGGAUGCAAGGACACAAUAAAUCCACAUGCCGUGUUGAGAAGGGUGGAAAGCUGGGCAAGGUUCGUGUCGACAGGAAAGAAGGGUCGGAUAUGGGUGCGUCUGGGGCAUCGACUGAAGGGCAGGUCACAGUUCCGUUGGUAGAGAAUGAUCCGAUAUCUGACUGUGGGGACCAGAAGUGCACUGAGACAGUGAAUGGGGAGAUUAGUGGUGGUGAGCCUGAGGGGGAGAUUUCGGGUGCAGUCGUGGUUGGGAAGACUGUCGACGUGGUGCUAAGUGCAGUAGAGCUGGACCCAAGUGCAGCUGGGUCUGAUCCGUCGAUCAUGGAGCAGGUAUUGAUUGAAACUGAGGUUGAGAAGGUGUUGAUUGAGAAUGAGGUUGAGAAGGUGAAUGACAAUGUAAUUGUUGUUAUGGAAAAUAUGGUGCUACUAUCUACGGGACAUGAAGAACAAGGUACAUCAGGACAAAUGGGCCCCCAAAAAGAAUCAGUUUCUGUUGCUAUGGAGGGAUGCAGUGAAAACUAG